AUGGAACUCAAGUUUUCUCCUGGCGAAUUACGUGGUUACUGGAAGUACCACACUCCAAACAAGUGGUUCAGGCAAGCCAAGGCGGGAGGAAAAAUUAACAAUGAGAAGGCCACCCUAUUGUUUGACUUGGGAGCUGAAGUCUCAAUCAUCGAUACCACCUUUGCUCGUAAGGUUGGCUGUGUCAUUAAUGAGAGUCAGAAGCAAGAAUGCGUGGGUAUCGGAGAUAAUGUAUACAUGUCAGAAGGCCGCAUAAAGGUGGAGAUCACGCUAAUGGAUCAUUGGUUCAAUACUUGA